AAUAAUGGGAUCAUGGCUUGAAAUAUUAAGUAAAUCUAAAGUAUAUUUGUGUGUGAUCUUCCUGCAAUUUGGGCUGGCUGGGAUGUCCAUAAUUGCCAAGUCUGCUCUAAACCAGGGUAUGAACCAUUACACUUUUGCUGUCUAUCGGAAUGCUAUUGCAGCUAUCGUCUUCGCCCCUUUUGCCAUGGUCCUAGAAAGGAAAGUAAGUCCAAGGAUGACUCUAUCUAUUUGGACCAAGAUUAUGUUGCUGGGGCUAUUAGAGCCGGUUCUAGAUCAGAACUUGUAUUAUAAUGGGAUUAAGUACACAACAGCAAGUUUUGGAGCAGCCAUGGGAAAUAUUCUUCCAGCUCUCGUAUUUGUAAUGGCUUGGUUACUCAGGCUUGAGAAUGUCGAAGUCAAGAAAGUAUGGAGUCAGGCCCAGAUUGUGGGUACCUUAGUUACACUUGGAGGAGCUAUGAUUAUGACAUUAGUCAAAGGUCCAAACUUGGGUUUACCAUGGACCCAACACCAAGAAACAUAUAAUGUCUCUUCUUCUUCUGAAUCAAACCAAGACAACAACAUCAAGGGCUCUCUUAUGAUCAUAGCUGGUUGUUUCUGCUGGGCUAGUUUCUACAUUUUACAAGCAAUCACCUUGAAAUCUUAUCCAGCUUCACUUUCUCUCACGACACUGAUCUGCCUAACGGGAUCAUUACAAGGGACUGUUGUUACACUCUUUUCCCAGAGAGGAAAUGCCCAGAUUUGGUCUUUGCACUUUGACUCCAAGCUUUUAGCUGCCCUUUAUGGAGGGGUUAUCUGUUCAGGCGUUAACUAUUAUAUUUCAUUACAAGUGAUGAAGGAGAAAGGACCUGUCUUUGUAACUUCAUUCAACCCUCUCAGCAUGGUCCUUGUUACCAUAAUGGGUUCUUUUUUUCUUUCUGAGCAAAUCAACCUGGGAAGGGUUGUAGGAUCACUUGUAAUAGUUGCUGGAUUAUAUAUGGUCAUGUGGGGUAAAAGUAAGGAGAAAAGGAGCUUAAAUAAUAAGCAAGAGAUCAAUCAUAUAGCUCUUGUUGACCUUCUGGGCAAUGAUAAAAAUGAAGAAGAUGAGAAAAAAGAGAUUUCAAAAACAGAGGUUAAUAAUAAUUCUGUAAAAGUAUUGUCUAUUGAUGAAGCAGUUUGAGUACAAAGUUUAACACAAGUCAAUAAAAACAGUUGAAGUAAAUUUGUCCAAGAAA